AUGUCGGUGAGCCAGGAUGUAACAUACCAGAAGGCUGUGGAGCUAGUAGGGUCUCAGAAUAAUACAGAUGCUACUACAGCAUACAGUAUGGCUGGUAUGUUGCCUAUGUCCAUAGCCAAUCAUACUGUUGAGAGAUACUUCAUAAUAUGUGGAGUAUUACCAGGUGAUUACGCAAGCCAUCAUGGAGCAGGCAAGUUUGAGUUAGCUACUCUGCAGACUGAUUUCAAAACUAUAUGCACUGACUACCUUGAAGAGCUUGAAGCAGACACAAGAUCAUAUGCUGCUGACUUUUGUAGUAAGGUCAUUUAUGAAGUUGGUCCUGAGUCAAGGAAGGGUGAUAAGAAGACAGACAAGGUCUGGAAACUAAGAUUCAUGUAUAAGGCCUCAACUGGAGCAUUGGAUGUAAGCACACUAUUCAUAGCUACAUACAGAGAUGCUGCAUAUGGAUCUAAUUUCCCUCCUAACAAGAGUAUGUGUGUAACAGUGAAGCAGGCUAGAUUGCUAGCUAUGGAUGUGUUUGAUCGUCUAGCUACAUAUGCUCUUAAAUUGCCGAAUAGUCUAGUGCUUCUGACACCAUUAGCAGGGUCAAUCUUUUCAACAGAUGAUAUAGCUAAGAUUGCACAAGACAUUGGAGUUACUCCAAUACAAGUUCUUUGUGCUAUUAAUAAUAGCUGUCAGUCUGGUGGCCGAAGCUUAUCCGAUUCUGCCGAAGCGGCGAAAAUUUCUUGUUCAGACUUGUUUCGUACAUUGCAGACCGGUCUAUGCUCUCAUUUCAUUUCUACCGUUCACGCUGUUAGCAAGCAGUAG